GCGUCGUGAUCCACAUCUACACAUCUUGUCUGAGCUAAGCUGGAUCAUAUCGCCUCAGUCUCACCCCUCCCUCCCUCCAUCCCGUGAAGAACAAGGAUCAUUUGCAUGGCAUCAUCCAGUUCAAGCUCCGGGUCCAGCUCCAGUCUUACAAGCAGAGACAGCUGGGCUACUAUAGGUAGCAAUGGAGGUACGGAGCCAACAAAUUUAACCAUCCGAAUACUACAGGACAUCACGGAUAAUUUCUCUGAGGAACGAUCACUUGGUCAGGGUGCGUAUGGAAAAGUUUACAAGGGGGUGCAUGAAAAUGGAGAAAAGAUUGCUGUAAAGUUGCUUCAUAAUAAUAUGCAAGUAAUUGAUGACAAACUAUUCAAGCAAGAGUUUACUAACCUUAUGAUGCUCAACCAUGAGAAUAUUAUCCGAUUGGUUGGCUACUGCUAUGAAACACAACAUCAGCAUAUGGAAUUCCAAGGAAAAAUAAUUUUUGGUGAAAUGAUAUAUAAAGCGCUUUGCUUCGAGUAUAUGCACAAGGGAAGCCUUCAGAAGCAUCUUUAUGAGGAAACACAAGGGCUUGACUGGGACAAACGUUACAAAAUCAUUAAGGGGACUUGUGAGGGCCUAAAAUACCUCCACGAAGGAUUCAAAGAACCAAUUUACCAUUUGGACCUGAAACCAGAAAAUAUAUUGUUAGAUGAGUAUAUGAUGCCAAAGCUUGCUGACUUUGGUUUGUCCAAGCUUUUUGGUGAAGAACAAACUAGAGUCACACAAUCUCCUCUAGGAACAAUUGGAUACAUGCCGCAUGAAUACUUAUUUAAAGGCAUUGUCUCGAAGAAGGUAGACAUAUUCAGCUUGGGUGUUGUAAUGAUAAAGAUUAUUACAGGGCCUAAAGGGCACUCCAGAAGUGCCGAAAUGCCUUACGAAGAAUUUCUUGAUGAAGUACAGGAAAACUGGAGGAACAGAUUCCAGGCAACAUUAAGUUCAUCCCAGCCACUAGAAGGUUACUGUCAGCAAGUGAACAUAUGCACUAAAAUAGCGCUCAGCUGCAUGGAGACUGAUAGGCACAAAAGGCCCACAAUAUUGGAUAUCAUAGAUAAAUUGAAUGAGACUGAAACUAUGAUUGAUGAGGUAAAUUUUCAUUGUUAACAUAAAAUCAUUCACACGUUUAUUCACCACUAAAGGUAUACAAUGAAACUUUGAUCUGGUUGAUCUGAUUAUAUACCUAUACAAGGA